CUGGGGGUAAUUCUAGUCAGUUGCUAAGCUACGAUGGGUCGAGGAGGUCCACUGCGAUUGGGCCUAGCCCUUGCACUUGUUUUAGUGGCUCAGGAUACUUUAGCUGACGUAUGCAGAACGGGAUGCAAUGGAGCAUCGCAUAACACUUUCAAAUACGCUCAAGGAACAACGUACAAAUACAACUAUGAGGGGAAAAUCGAAAUUUCAUUAUCCUCUGCUGACGGUCAAGUUACAAGCACAGAUGUGAAAGCCGUAGUAUUAUUAACGCAACAAGCGGACUGUAAUCAAGUUUUGAGGCUGGAAAAUGUUCAAAUUUUCGGACCUAAUGGAAAGAAAUUGGGUACGAUCCCUCAUGUGGACAAACCAAUCAGAAUUAAUUUCCAUGACGGUCACAUCGAAGACAGUAUUUGCACAGAACCUGGAGACACCCAAAACUCUCUCAACAUCAAGAGAGCAAUCGCUUCCCUAUUCCAAGCAAACCUGAAACAAAGCUACGAAACUGAUGUUUUCGGUUUAUGUCCCACCGAAAUCGUUCAACAUCAAGAAGGAAACAUUUUGGUCAUCCAAAAAAGUCGUCAUUUGAACAAAUGUGGAUACAGAGAACACCUCAGACAGGACUUCUUCUCGACAACGUUCAACCAAAACAGCGAAAUCAAAUCGAGUCCCAUACUUGAUGGUGAAUACAAUGCUAAGCUCAAGGUCAAAAACGGAAUCCUGGACCAAGCUACAGCAGUAGAAAACUACCUUUACGUUCCUUUCUCAGUCGGGAAACAGGGCGCUAAGGCUCAAGUCACCAGCAAACUUCAGUUCAAAGGCACCGCCAAAGACACCAAGGCCAACAAAUGCAGUGUACCGAAAACAAUUCUUUUCGACAACCCCCACUCGGUUCCGACGCCAACCAACAACGUCAAUACCAUUUUGAAUGCGGUGAAAGCUGUUGACAAAAGCAUAGAUGUGGUUGUUGGGGAACAGACUGCAAAGGAAUUCAUCAACUUGGUCAAGACUAUUAGGUCAUCGAAGAAAGCUGAUCUCUUAUCAGUAUAUAAUCAAGUUAGAUCUGGAGCAGGACUCAAGGACAAAGUCGCAUGCAAAAAAGCCUUUUUGGAUGCUCUACUCCAAGCUGGAACAGGAGAAACUAUCGAAGUUGCCGUUACCUUGUUGAAAAAUAACGAAUUGAACGAUGUUGAAAAGUAUUUGGUAUACAUUGGGUUGUCGUUAGUUCGAUAUGUCAACGAGGCAUCUCUUACUUCAGCAGCGGCACUAUUGGAUCAACCACAUCUAUCCUACGAGGCCUAUUUGGGUAUCGGAAAUUUGGCUGGCCGUUUCUGUGGCCAACAAUCUUGUGAAAAUGUUCCUGCUGUCAAUAAACUCAGCCAAAAACUUAUCCAAAAACUGGGAACUGGUAAACCUGCCAAUAGGCAAGCCGAAAAUGACAUGGUAUAUAUUCUCAAAUCGCUACGAAACUUUGGACACCUCACCGACUCCGGCAUACAAAAAAUUAUAGCUAUCGCUCAAAACAAACAAGUACCAAACAGACUGCGAGUUGUUGCUUUAGAAACAUAUUUGGCAGACGCUUGCAAAGACAAAUUGAGAAACAGCGCACUGCACAUUUUGCAAGACAUUCAGCAAGAUUCCGAAGUGAGGAUCAAGGCCUACCAAGUUUUGGCACAAUGUCCAACCGCCAAGAUUGGUACUGCAGUCAAAGCUCUGUUAGAGAAGGAACCUAGCAAUCAAGUCGGUGGAUAUAUCGUUUCACACAUUCGCAACAUCAAGGCCUCUGCGAACCCAGAUAAAGAUCUAGCUAAACAGCAUCUUGGAUUCAGUGUGCCAAAGAAAUUCCCCAUUGACUUCCGCAAAUGGUCCUACAAUGGAGAAUUCUCUUACGCAGUUGACACUCUUGGAAUCGCUGCUUCGUCAGAAGCCAACGUAAUCUACUCCCAAGACUCUUUCCUACCCAGAUCUUCCAGCUUGAAUUUGACAGGACAGGUAUUCGGCCAUACUUUCAACUUCCUAGAAAUAAGCACCAGACAAGAAAAUCUCGACAAGCUGGUCGAACACUACUUCGGCCCUAAAGGAAUCCUCAGUACUUCUUCCGUCGGGGAUUUGUUCAAUGCUAACGACAAAUUGGCUGGCAAAUUAUGGAAGCGUUUGGAACAGAAACUAUCUUCAACUUUGAGAUCUAGACGAGAUGUGACCAAAGCAGAAAUAGAUAAUAUCGGAAAGGCGGUUCAGAUUAAAGAAAAUGCUCUGAAUAAGGACUUGGAUCUAGAUUUGAGCGUGAAGGCUUUUGGAUCUGAAGUAUUCUUCACUAACUUGAACAUCUAUCAGGAAGGACUUACUCCAGAGGCCAUUAUUGAUAAAAUUGUCGAUAACUUUGCCAAAGGAUUGGAUAGCCUCAAAAGCUAUAAGGAAACUCUUCGUUCCAACAUCAUCUUCUUAGACGUGGAAUUCGAUUAUCCCACGGGUCUCGGUUUUCCGCUACGUAUAGCAGCAGAAGGUACAGCCAAUGUCCAAGUUCAGACGGAAGGAGCAGUUGACGUACGUAGUUUGUUAGCGGGAAAAGAUACCAAUAUCCAUGUGAAGCUCAUUCCAAGCGCUAGCAUAGAGGUCACUGGAAGACUUACUUUGGAUGCAUCCGUGAUUGAAAACGGACUCAAAACUGUAUCCACUCUAUACACCGCUACAGGAGGUGAUCUCACCAUCAACAUUUUCAACGGUGGCAAAGGAUACGAUGUCAAAUUUGGCUUACCAGUACAAGAACAAAAAAUAUUGGCAGGAAGUCACGAGAUUGUUUUCAAUAGCAGAGACCAGUCCGGGCACGACACCACUACCUCUUUGAAAUUCGCCCAAUCUAAAGAUUUCUCAAUCUGCGUGGACCAGUUGAGCCCAUUCAUCGGUCUCGCCUUUUGCGCCGAGAUGAACGGGCCUAACGUGGCAGGUGAACAGACGCCUAUAUUGCCAUUCCCACUCUCAGGAGAUGCCAAAUUUUUCGUGAGCAUCGAAAACGAGAACCUUAAGGAAUUCCAUUAUAGAACUUCCUACGAACAAUUCAAGUCUGGAGAGAUACUUUUCGAAGCUAUCGGCAAAAAUAGAGAAAAACUUCUUGGUUUACAAGUCAGCGCCCAAAUUUCACCUGAAAUUUUCCUGCUGUCUGUUCUCGAUUCUGCCCAGAUCAAGGCUCAUGCUGAAGGUCGUAUCACGAAUAACAACCAAGAAAAAUCUUUGAUGGUUAGGGUAGGACAAAACCAGGUAGAGUGGUAUGGAAAAGUUGGAGUCGCUAUUUCUGGAUCGCCAAACAGAGCUCAAUAUAGACCGAUAUUAGAGUACAGACCUCCUGCAGGAAGUCAAGGACAGCUUCCGUUGAAAGUGGAUGGCCAAAUAGUAGUUGAACAGAAUGGCAGGAAUAAUAAAUACGUUUUCGAUAACAUCAAGGUCACUUUACCAAACAACCAAAUUUUAAAUUUGAAUGGAAAUAUAGGAGUUGAUGAAAACGAAGUAUACAGUGAUUUGACUUUGUCUGAUGGACACCUGUCAGGAUCUCUGAAAGGACGUCUACACGUUGAUCCCCAACUCGUGAAAUUCAACGUCGAAGUCAAAAAUUCAAUAAACCCUUCGGCCAACUUCAACUUCAAAGGUGAAGUGAAACGACAAGAAGACAACAGCCAAUACGACAGCAGCUUCCAACUGAUCCACGGCGCCGAUCUAUCUUCCAAAACCAACAUCAUCACUCUAGUCAGCAGCGCGUCCCAAAAAUACAAGAACCCGCACGAUUUUGCGUUUGCCUUCAAAGAAAAACUAAAGUACCCCUUAGUCGGACUGAACUUCGAAGUGGAAUACGGAGAAACCCCUAACAGUUUCGAUUACGAUUUUGAUUUCGAAUACGGAGACAUCAAAUUCGGUUCAGAGCUGGAGUUGGAGGUGAACAAGAAAACUGUCGGCGAUUACGACGCGGAAUUCGAAAUCUACGGUCUGGGAAAUAAAGUCGCAUUCAAAGGAAACAGGCUGGUCCAGGGCGAACAGAGUAAAAUCAACCAUGAACUAGACGUGAACGGAAUGAAAAUGGAACUCAAAGGCAAUCUCAAACACCACAUCCAACCUACGAACUUAGAUAUCGGUGCUGACUUGACGAUUGUCCUUCCUACACACCCCACUCCAUUCAAGGUUAACAGUGGUUGUAAAUGGAACCCCAGCGAAAUCGACGCACAUCACAAAGUCACAAGUGGCAGCAACGUGAUCAUCGACACUUUCUUGAAGGCGAACAAGAAUGGAAAUGCCAAUGGAAACGUCAAAGUGAACAUCAAGAAUAUACUUGUCGUGAACGGUCAACUGAAAUCGAUCAAGGGUAAAGGAAAUGCCAAUAUCCUGAUUGAUGCUCAAAGCGUUAAGAAACAAGUCAAAUUGGAGUCGACGUUCCAAAUCCUUCCAGAACACACCUUCAUCGUCGAUGUCACCUUGUACCCAACUUUCAACAAAGACAAAAGCCAAAAAAUCAUCUUGUCCACCCAUAAUAAAUUAUCCCUAACUAGCAUCGAUUCUAAGAACAGCGUGGUUGUUCUCGGUAAAAAAUUGGAAGCCAACCUGAAAGCAAGCAACGUUUGGGAUAACCAAAACGAAAAACUGAACGGUGAAAUUGAACUUAUCCUACCCAACGACCAGUAUGUACUUGGUAAGGUACAUCGAGAUGCCAAGCGGGUCAACGAGGUCCUCAACGGCCAAGCUCAGGCUAGUUUGGAAUACAGAAAGAACAAAAAUGCUGCGGGCCGCAAAGUUAGCAUCAAGUCGACUUACGUGAACACAAAUCUGGUGGAGGCUGUGUACGAUGUAACCUAUAACAUAGCUGCAGAUGACAGUAAUGGCAAGAACAUCAACGCUGAUCUCGUCUUCAAGUCUAAGAAAGAAGGAGAACAGAGAGUGGUGGAAGGCGAAACUAAGAUAUACGGAUCCAUUCUCAAAAAUACCGCUGAGGCUAGCUGGUUUGGUAAAUAUACUCAGAUGACCGGAGAGUACAAAUACAAAAAUUCGUAUGGGCCACAAUUCAAUUUGGAUGCAUCAGGUAAAUACAAUGUUGAAAACAAUGGAAAACCUUUCACUGGCGCUAUAUCUUUCGAUGUAAUAACACCAAGCAAGGAAAUCAGGAAACUGAAAUGGGAAUCGGUUGGAUUGCUCCAGAUACCUAAAGAUUCGUCCCAAACUUUUGUAGUAGAAGCAUCUUCAGGUCUCUUCGUCGAUGAUGAUGGUACUGUUCCUGAUCCUAUUAUUGAUUAUAAAGGUGAAGGUCAAAUUAAGGCCAGUGACAAAGAUGCAGAACUAAAGGGAAGCAUCAGUUACGGAAAAUACGAACCUAUUUCUGGAGCGGCAGCUUACAGCUACAAGACUGAAGGGGAAAAGAAGCAAGUCAACGGAAACGUUGCUGUACAAUACGGCAAAGACAAAAACUUCAAAGCUGAGGGAUCACUGAUCAGACCAAACAAGAACGAAUACAAAAUAAAUACAGAAAUCAACACCCCGUACGACGGAUACAAAAAAACAAUUAUUAAUGUGGACACCAAAACGUCAGACGACCACAAACAUGUCACUAGUCAAACUACGGUGAACCACGAUGGCAAACUGUGGACUUUGGAUAGUGAAAUCCGUGCUUCAGAUAUAUCUCCCCUGAUUGACAUCAAAGUGAAGGACCCCGAAGGCAAGAAGGUCCAGUACUACUUGAAAGUAGAUAAACAUGCUGACAGAGAGUCUAAGGGAGAAAGUAAAUUCCUGUGUGAAAGAAGCGACUUCCUCUUCGAACAAAAUUGGGACGUGAAUGUGAACAACAUCGAGAACUUCUUCAUUAAAUGGUACGGCAACUCUCCCAAUUACCACCUCAACAAGGUCUUGUUCGAAGCCCAAAACAAACCAGGAAAGACCGGUAAAAGAAUACAAUUCACAAUCACUUCUGCUGGAAAGAACAUCGUUUCUGGAAGCACCAACUACCAAGCGCGUGAUGAACACGGAAAAUAUGUCGUUGAAGGAUCAGGGUCUGUGAAAAUUAAGGAUGCAACCAAGCCGCUGAGUUUCAAGUAUAUCUGUCACCAAUUAUCUUUGCAAAAGGAUGGCGAACAAGGAAUCGACGUUUCACUCGAUGCUUCUGUAGGAAAUAUGGCGAUUGACUCAGAAUUCAAAACAACUAAUAAGCAGUUCAGGUAUCUGUCCUCUUACUGCGAGACGAAUAAGGAGUGCACUCAUGUGGAAAUCGAUUCAAAGGUCAACAGUAACGAAAUUGAUAACUACAACCAUGUCCUGGAAAUCAGCUUGGAUUUCCGCAAACUAGGCAUUCCCCAUGAAUUUGGGCUCAAAUCAGUCACCGACCUGAAAAAUCAUUUUCUUGAUCACACCGUCGAUGUUCAUUUCCAAGGCAAGGAGAACAAAAAAUACCAGUACAAAAUAUACCUGCAGCAGAAAGAGGCAGUAAUAUCAUACACUACUCCAAAGAGAGUCGUGUCCUUGGAAGCCAUCGCAGAUUUCCCCAAGGAUAUUCUCAGGGAUGGAAAAUACCAAGGAGAAGUCGCGUUUUACUUUGACAAAAAGAAUCAGCCAAACAACAAAGCGGGAAUCAGCGCAUGGUUGAAUUUCAAUAAACAAGCAGGAACCGUCAACGGAGAAUCCAAAUUUGUAUAUCCAGGUGUACGGGCCCUCUCUACAUCGAUCAAAUCCCAAGUAAUCGGUGAUUUAGCAGGCAAAGGCGAAGUAAUUGUGAACGUCGUAUUGGACGUUUUUGCUAAACCAGAUCAAAAACUGGUCAGUGUGUUGAAAUACAAUCAAGACAUCAAGGGUAUGAGCUAUAAAAACAGUCUGGAAAUCAAAAGUGCUGGUUUAGGUAUCGAUAUAACAGCCAACGACGUAAUGGAUUACGACAGUAGGACUUACAAUGGAAUAUAUGCUCUCGACGUGAAAUACAAAGUUGGCAACUCAAAGUACGACAACGUUUUCUUAAUGAAAGCAGGAAAAAGCUCUUUCGAUUUCUUGAUCAAAUCACUCAAUGUGAACUUACUCAAAAUAACCGGAACGAUGAACCUCGAUAAAGGAGCACAAGUGGUAGAUGCAGAAAUCUCAUCCUACGACAAUAAACCUCUCCAAACCCAUAUAGAACUUAAGAAAUUCAACACACUGUUUUACACAAUUGGUUUCAAAGAUACUCCCAAAGAAAAAUUACAGUUCAGUGUCGCUUUCAUUCCCGGACAAAUCGCCGACAUACGCGCUGAUCACGUCACUGCUAGCGGGAAAGUCAACCUUUAUCAGGCCAAUGUGAAACUGGCCGAGGCCGAAUUCCUCAAACCCGAUUACAGCAUCAACUCGAAGGAGAUCGAAAAGACCCUUGAACAGAGCAAACAGAGAUACGCCCAUUUCCUGACCGGUCUUCAACACGUCGGGGAGGAAUUCUCCAACGAUAUCCGCAAAGAAAUCCACCAACUACAAGAAAUCUCCAAGAGGGCAACUCCGAAUUUCGCACCCUUCAAGCAACACUGCGUUUCAGAGCUACAGAAGAUCAAGAACGAAAUUCUUCAAGACAAAGCUAUCAAAGAUAUCGCAGAACUAUUCGAGAAGGUAUUCGGAACUUUGGCUCGAUCAGCGGCUGAUCUGUUUGUCAAAUUUAGCGAGCUCCUCGAAGAAUUGGGGAAGACGUUACAAACCACCUACGACGCUCUAGCCAAAAUCGUGGAGCGAGAUCUCAUACCAGCAGUUGAUGAGUUUGUGAAGAAACUGAUAGCGAUCGUCGGUGAUAUCACAGGUGCCGGAAUCGAAAUCGUUUCCGGAUAUAUAGCAACGGUUAGCGAAAUCAUGGAGAAAUAUCAGCCGGAAAUCAAACAGUUGGCCGCCAUUUUCAGUGAAUUGAGCCACAACGUAGCCAGAUUUAUUCAGAAAUCUUACGACGAGGUCAGAAAAAUAUUCACCGAACUAACCAAGAAGAUUUACGAUGAACUCAAGGCUUUACCUGUGUUCGAAGAACUCCAGGCUCAGUAUGAAGACUUCAUCAAGAAUGGACUUCCAAGCAAAGAAGGCAUCGUUACCACAUUGGAAGAAAUUGCAGCUACCAUCAAAGACUUCUUAGCACCAAAUGAGUUUAUCCCCGAAGAAGUGACAGCUAUAAUUGACUUGACUGUUAAUUAUCUAUCCAAGAAAGUCAGACAAGAACCAGUUGAUGACUUUGCUGUGCUUGACCAGUUGAUCACCCUAAAUGUCGCCUUGAUCAAGAAAGUUCUCAACGAAUUUUCAUCUCCUACAUAUGAUAUUAAACAAGCCGACUUUGGACCAGUAUCUUUCGACUUCUUCCAGAAACUGCCCAAAUUGGUAGCAAUCAAAUUCUCGCCUCUUUCCUACUUGUUGACGGAAGACACUUCAGAAGAAGCAUUCGAUUUCUUAUUAUCUUUGGUGAACCAUCCACGACACUGGUUUGCUCCAUUCCCAAUGUUUGGAGUAGUCCUUCAAGGCCGUCACAUUUUCACUUUCGAUGGAAAAUACUUGACAUUCCCUGGAAAUUGCAAAUAUUUACUAGCACGAGAUGCUGCACAUGGAAACUUCACUAUCAUUGGUUCAUAUAAGGAUGGCAGAUUAGCUGCCCUCACUUUGGCUGACAAACAUGACUUCAUCACUAUCAAGAACAAUGGACAGGUUCUCCUGAAUAAUGUUGCGACUGAAUAUCCUGCACGCAAACCAGAACUAAGCGCCUGGAGAACUUACGAAAUGAUCAACAUCAAAUCUACCGCAGGAGUGAAAAUAGAAUGUACUCCGGAUCUGGGAGGUUGUGGGUUCUACAUUAAUGGAUUCUACCAUUCCCAGGUGAAGGGUCUUUUAGGAAACGGCAACAACGAACCAUAUGACGACUUCACAAUUCCCAACGGCAAGAUUGUCACGGCAGAAAGUGAAUUCGGAAACUCCUACAAGAUUGGAAACUGCCAACCGGUUACCGUUCCGAAAAAUGAUAUUUCCCAAGAAAAUCCAAUUUGUAACAAACUAUUCGGCUGGGAAUCAUCGAUGAGUCCUUGCUUCCCAUUCGUGAAAACUGACAAUUUCAAGAUAGCUUGUGCACAUGGACUGGCAGCCAACAUUGAACGCACAGAAAUGGCAAUUGCUUCUGCUUAUGUGGGUACUUGCCACGAACAUAAUAUACCAAUCUCCAUUCCGUCACAUUUGUUGCAAUGUACCAAUAGCAUGAAACCAUUCAACGUGGGGGAAAGAUUUAGCGUUAAAGUACCAAACGAGGCAGCAGAUAUCAUCGUUCUCGUCGAUACCACCAAAUCCAAUGAAAAAUUGUACACAGAAUUGUUGAAACCUUUGCUACAGGAUGUUGUCAAAACACUGGCAUCCAAAAGUAUUAAUGAUGUACAACUCCAAGUCAUAGCCUACGGAGGUGAGAAUUUAUGGCCCAGUCACGUAUCAGUCGGAGGAAAAUUGACCUUCUCAGAUAAACUGCCGGAUCUGAAAUUUUCAGAAAAACCAAAACCAAAAGAGGAAUUUUCAGAAGGCAUUUUCGCAAACAUCAAACGCGACUUAGAACCUAUUGAAAGGAUUAUUCAUGACAUCAAGUUGGCCAUUGGCGACACCUUGGAGGGACACACAUACAGUGAAGCUUUCAAUUAUCCAUUCCGGGCACAUGCAGUUAAAUCCAUCAUCGUCCUCACCAGCAAGCCUUGUGAAGUUGGAAAUCUUGAAAUUCUGCAAAGGCUCAGGACCGUACUCUACAGAAACGACCAAAUUUCACUCAAUUUGAUCACUCCAUUCGAUUCCUUCAGCGUCAAAGAUAAAAAGAAAUCGGCCGAUGUUGUUGGAUUCAACGACCAGAAUGUUUUCACCCUCUCUCUCGGCAAAAAGAAACCAGAUGGUAACUCUGAGCUGUACAAGGACCUUCACUACCACGACUAUUGCGUUGACUUCACUAUCAAGAACCGUGGUAAUGUUUUCGUCGCCAACAACUUUGUCAAUGCCAAACAAGAUGCUAAGAAGCAAUAUAUCCAUAUAGCAGCACACAAUGUUGUCGAAGAGAUACUAAAUGUUGAAGAAGGUUUGGACUGCGAGUGCAAAAAGGUCGGCCCAUACUCCGCCGCAAAUGUCUGCAGCGAAGUGUAUUCCAAAGAAAGGCCAACAAAAAAAGGAGGAACUAAAUCGUGAGAACACCAACAAUUUCAUUUGAUUAAAAUACGUUUUCCUGUUUCCAAUGAGACUAUAAAAUUCAAUUAUGCUUAAUUUAAAGCAAUAUAUUUUUUACAUCAUGGUAUUGUAAUUUGUAUAAAUUAUGUUUAAGUACCCACAGAAUAUAGUGAGGUUAAUAAAUUUAUAAAAAAAUAA